ACACACACAGUAGCGAUACGGAGCUGAGCAGACAUGGAGGCCCGAUUAACGAGAGAGGCCCGCGCUGACACAUCCAGGCCCAGCUAACGGAGACUCGUUGUGGAUCUCAGAGCUCCUCUGGAGAUAUUACCGUCACCAGUCGCUCAGUUGGAAGCUAAAUCGUCAUAAUAAUAAUAAUAAUAAUAAAAUGUGGCCACCACGUUGAUGCGUACAUGAGGACAGGACACAGAGCCAAAUGAUGUGAACGCCGUUUCUGGACAAAUUUUCAAAGUUGAAGGUCGGAGAAAGAGGGCUGGACUGCCAAGAAGGGAGAGAAGCCACUUCAAAAGAAGGAGACCUUCCCCCUUACGGUUAUCCCCAUCCCCUGUUCCCCCCCCCUUCAUUCCUAUCCCAUUCCCAUCCAAGAAAUCUACCUGACAUACCCAACAAUCAUCCACACCCCCUAAAGUUCUGAUGGAUCAGAAGGUUCAGGGGCAAACUGCAACACCACCCCCACUUCUCUCUGCUGCUGUCUCAGCAGAGCGAGAGAAGGAGGGAGGAGGUGGGAAAAAAGAAGAAGAGAAUGAAAAGAAGCAAGAGCGGGAGAAAGAGGGAACUGCUGCCGGUCCUCCUGGCGCAGGUGGACCUGGAGACCCCGGAGGGGACCAGUCCCAUUUCUCCAUCACGGAGAGCAGCCUGUCCGAGGGAAACGUCAAGCUUAAGAUCGGCCUGCAGGCAAAACGCAUGAAGAAGCCCCCGAAGAGCUUGGAGAACUACGUGUGCCGACCCGCCUUCAGGGCCACCGUGAGGCACACGACUCGUGGAGGAAGCAGCGCCCGUGGAAACCGGGCGGUGCCCGCCGGCGAUGGCGCUAGCGGUCGGAGCCAAAGCCCUUCAAAGAGCCAAGGGAAGGAGAGGGAAAAGAGUCCGAGUUUGAAAAAAGCACCAGCUACAUCGUCUUCACUAGCCCCCUCUGGUAAAGCUAUUACUCCGUCUUCUCCUGCUGCUCCGCUUGGCAUCACAAAGACUCCAUCGCCCUCCCAAGUAAACGGCGGGAGUGCACCAGCUAAAAAGGGUCCAUCAAAGGUAGACUGCAAGUCCGAUUCAAAGUCGGAUACAAAGUCGGUUGCUACCGCAUCAGAAAGACCCCUCAACCUUCACCGACCGCCGCCAGACAAUAAAACUCAUUCCUCUGGGAAGAAAACACCGACUCCACAAACCAACUCAAGGACAUCUUCACCUUCUUCGCCACCAACUGCAUCAAAAGAGCCGACCUUUGAAGGCAUCAAACCUCCUCAUUACACUUAUAGCAUGGAAGGUCAGAGAGACAAGGACAAGGGUGUCCAGAGUUGUGGACCACCCACUGUCACUGAGAAAUUAGCCCAGCUUAUAGCAACCUGCCCACCGUCAAAGACUCCUAAGCCAACUAAACCCACAAAAACAGAUCCAAAUCCUCCUCUUCCAAGCUCAGGCUUCAUGGCUCCCACAGCCAAGCAGCGAGACAGGGCAAUGGCCAAUAGGAACACAUAUUCAAGACUAAUGCACCUUUCCCCUCCACCGCCGGUGUCCAGACCUCCUGGUCGGCCUUACGGCUCCAGGAACAGAGAUGGCGUCCCAGAAAAUUCACCCACCCUGACGCAGCUGAGGAAGGAGGACUCAGAUGGGACAGGGAAAGCUAUUGUUACCAACAUCCACAACAGUAUUGCUAUAGGCAACAGCAGAAGUCGCAGCAGCAGCCCUGCAUUCACUCACAGCCGCCCCACAGUCUUAUCCAAGGAUGCUAACUACGACGGCAGCAACAGCUCUAGUGGUCUAUCCAAGUCACUGUCACGUGGCACUCACAGUUUGCCAUCUUCUCCAUCUUGCCCAGUUUCUUCAUCUUCCUCCUCCAUCUCAGCUGAACAGAGGGCAGUGACUGCAGUAAGUCACCUGGGCUCCCCUGCUCUCUCACAAGGAUACUAUGCACAGGAGUCCCUGGCCCUGGCAGAGGAAAGUAGGGCAGGUGAGAGGGAGCAGGGCGGUGACAGCCCCAGAGACCUAAACAAGUGCCCUCCUACAGCAGGAAUAGGAAAACCAGAGGGAAAAGAUAAAGUGGGAAGUAAUCAAUCACUGCAUGUGGAGAGGGGCAGAAGCUCCAGUCCCAAAAAGAACAGUCCUAACAGGGAUAGUAGCCAAUCAAGGCGAACUGCCAGUCCUCCUGAACCCAUUAGACAAAGGGUGCCUUCAGCAUCUGAGCCAGAUGACGAAGAAAGCCCACCAACACCCCAUAGAGAUGAUUCACCCGAUUCAUCCCUGGACUCGCCAGAUGAGCAGGAUUGUAAACCCCUAAAGAAACGCAGGGGAAGAAAACCCCGCUGGGUUAUGAACAAGCCGCAGACUCUGCUAGCAAGUCAGGAAGGUCUCUUCAAUGAGAGCAAAACCGGCAUGUCUUUGUCUUCAAGUUUAGAAGCGCUAUCUCCACCAGUUAAAAGACCAGUAGGAAGACCACCAAACCCGAAUAAGGUCAAACCAAACCCCGUGCCACAUAGUUCAAUGUCGCAGCUGUUUCCACCCCAACCUAGGAAAAGGGGACGGCCAAAGUUCAAAAUGCCAAGACUCGAUGCCCCAGCUCCAGGGAACCCCUCUUAUAAGCUGGCCUCUUCCAAGGUCUUUUCGUCUCUGCUGAAGUCCAAAGAAGAGCAGGACCCGCCUGUUCUUCACCCGGAGGUAGACCUUAACCCUCCUAAGCCCAUACCUAGAAAACGUGGACGUCCCAAACGCCUCCCUCCGACCUUACCCCAAGAGGGUCAGCCUCCCACGUUGGCUCCUGAGGCAGGAGACAUGGGAGACAAGCGGUUCUGUAGCAAAGGAAACGGGCAGCUCAUUAUGAAAACUAUUAUCGGCAAAAUCAAUAAGAUGAAAAGCGUGAAGCGGAAGCGUAUUCUGAAUCAAAUCCUGUUGGGUCCAAGAACGGAGGAAAUUCCUAAAAACAACACGGUCGGAGUGGUUAACUCUACAGAAGCUACUACCCAGUCCUUGUCCUCCCUGGCUGCUUCUUUUGGGGGGAAAUUAGGGCCGCAAAUUAACGUUAGUAAAAAGGGAACAAUAUACAUGGGUAAGAGGAGAGGACGUAAACCAAAAUCUGUAUCCAGUCUCACUGCCUCGUCACCAGAAACCUUCCUGUCUCCGAACACCACUUCUCCUCUACAUCACCACUCACAGUCCCAGCAGCACCACCUGUCCUCCGAGGUGUUUCCCUCACCCUCCCUGUCGCAGUCUAGUGGUGGCCACAGCCCAAUCAGUGAUGCCAGCUUUGUGGAACCCAGCUCGGUGCACUUUUCCCACUAUUCUAGCUCCCAUCAUAACCACAGCACGUUUUCCUUCCCUCCCCCAACCUUUUCAGUCCCCAGUAAAGUCUUGGGCUCCACGUCGUCCACAAUAGCUUCCCAGAAGAAGUCUUCUUGCCGCGGGUACCCUCAUCAUCAUCAUUACAGGCAGCAGUUUCAUUAUCAUAAGCUUUCUCCUCCCAGGCCGCUUCACCCAACCUCCCCUGCUCCUCUCAGCGAGCUAAAGGAAGCCACUCCUUCACCAGUCAGUGAGUCGCACAGUGAGGAGACGGUGCCCAGCGACAGCGGCAUAGGAACAGACAACAACAGCACAUCUGACCGAGGAGAGAAAGCCGGAGGGACAGCAGGCUUGGGCGGAAUUGCUUUGCCAGCAGCAAUGGGUGGUGGGUUGUUAAUGCCCGGUGUAAUGAGCUCAGCAAUGGCCCCGGGAAUGGGCCUAAACUCCAGAGGCAGGCGCCGCCACUCCGCCGUGCUCAUAGAGCACCCCUCGCCAUCUCCGUCGCCACAUGGAACGAGGUCUUCACCUGAUCCCAGGAGGCCGCAUCCAGCUGCUCCCACCUCAACGUUGUUGGGACACAAGGAAAAACACAAGCACAAGUGCAAACGCCGCAACCACGGAUGCCCGGGCUACGACAAGAUGAAGAGGCAGAAGAGGAAACGAAAGAAGAAGUACUUGCAGCUGCGGUCCCGACGGCUUGACCCCGACUUCCUGGCCGAGCUGGACGAGAUCGUCGUGAUGCUGAGUGAGAUUCGGAUAUCGCACCGUUCCACGGGGCACCGCCUCGGCAGUGGGAUCAGCAUGGUGGCAGGAACGAGUCGGAUGCCAGGGCUGGGGAGCAGAGCUGCUGGCGGACUAGGGGGCCCUAGCGGCCCCCCUCCUCAUCAUUACGUUCACAGGGACCUCCUUCCCACAAUCUUCAGGGUUAACUUUGGCAGGUUUUACUCUCACCCCGCGUACUCCUGUGACCCUUUGCACUACGUCCGUAAACCAGACAUGAAGAAGAAACGCGGACGGCCUCCGAAGUUAAGAGAAUCCAUGUCUGAGGUCCCUUUUGUCCCCGGCCUUGGAUUCCCUCUCUCCAGUGGAGGUUUCUACCACCCCUCCUACGGUGUCCCCUACUCCUCAGGGCCCCUGGGGUUGGGCUAUUACAGAGGUUUUCCUCCUGCAAACGCCCUAUAUCCUCACCCCCACCACCAGUCGCCUCACACAGCUCCUUCUCACCACUCCCACCACUCACCAUCUUUCCCUCCCCCUCCACCCACGUCCUACAUGCACCAUCACCACCCCUCACAUCUCCUCCUAAACCCCUCAAAGUUCCACAAGAAGAAGCAUAAGCUGCUCAGGCAGGAGUACCUGGGUGGAGGGAGGCCCCCCGUCCUGUUUCCACCCAUGUCCUCCGAGCUGUCCUUCAACUGGCAUCACAAACACAAACACAGGCACAAACACAGAGAGCGGUGCUCCGAGGAAGACCGGGAGGAAGUGCCGAGGAGCGGAUCGGCAAGCCGGGUCAACGCAGGACUUUCUGACAAAGGAGCCGCUAGCAAAGGAGAGCGAGUCGGAGGUCUGGGAAUGACCGAGUCGUUACAGAGAUGCAGGUUUGGAAGGGAUACCUCAGGCACCACUACGAGUAAACAAGCUUCUGCCAACUCCCCCUCCUCCUCCUCAUCUUCAUCUGCAGAAAGAUAUAAACGCAAAGAGAGCUCCAUGUCCUGUCUAGGACCGUCUAGGCUAACACUGGACAGCAGCUCAAAGGGCCAUCACGGCGUUGCGUCCUGGUUUCGGAUGGGCAGCACAGACGCAGACUACUCUAAGCUUUCACGGAGUCAGAUGGCCGUCGGCCAGGGCUCGUUCUCAGAUGGACGAGCAGGAGAGCCUGCAGGCUGCUCAGACAGCGAGGAUGACGAGCCUCUCACUCCCACAGAGGACGUAGAAGCUCAUGAUUCUCCUAAUCUGACAAAUCUGUUUGCCUCAGCUCUGACACGGACUUCGCUGAAGGGAGGAAGGAGCAGAAAGAGUGAGGUAGUUACAGAAAGCUCCGGCUUUUCUCACCUGGAUCGUCCAAUGAGAAAGGACCGUUCGACGUCGGCUGAAAGGAGAGAUUUAGGGUCAUCAGUUCAGUCCAGAGGUAUUGCUCUGGCGACUUCCGACGGACCUGAGGGAUCCCUGCACAGCCGGCAGCAGCUGCACCACCAGUCCUCUCUGUUUCACUCCCACGUCUCUCCGGGUUCUUCCUGCCUGUCUCCCUCCCAGGACUUCUGCCUGGACGCCUCCCUUUCCCACCGCUCUCAUCGGGUUCAGACGUCCAAGCACAGCCUGCAUCAUGUCAACAAAAUCCUGCGUGCCAAAAAGCUGCAGAGACAGGCUCGAACAGGUAACAACGUGGUGAAGAAGAGGGGCCCGGGCCGCCCCAGGAAGUACCCGCUGCCCUCCCCUCCUCCUUCCCCGCCCCCUGAGGUGGAGUUAACUCAGACCGCGCACUGGGACGGCGGGGUGGAGCGGCUAGCCGGUCAGAGAGGGUGGGAGGAGGAUACUGUUACAGAUGCUAUUGAGUCCGUGGUCCAGGGUCAGCAUAGAAAAGGUCAGAAGAGGGYGCAUGUGGAGGCCGAGGGGGACGAAGAAGAGGAAGAGCAAGCCGAAGAAGACCCGGAGGCAGAGGAAGUCGAGGAGCAACCGCCCGACAGAGAGGAGAGCCAGACGAACAUGCUGCAAAGAUCUAGAACCGGGACGGGAAGAAGCUGGCCCGCAGAGGAGGAACAUCAGCACAUUCAGGGUUCCUCAGAAAGCAAGCCGGAUGGCCAGUGCUCCACUGAACUCUCAGGCGCCGUCUCCAAGGAGCAGGCUGCACCCAUCAGCAGCAACCAGCGAGAGAAGAAAGCUGCCCGACUUCCAAAGAAGAAGUUCCAGAAAGCAGGACUCUAUUCUGACGUGUACAAGACUGAGGACCCUCGCAGUCAGCUUUUGCAGCUAAAAAAGGAGAAGCUGGAAUACAUACCUGGAGAGCAUGAAUAUGGAUUGUUUCCUGCUCCAAUACAUGUUGGGAAGUACCUCAGACAAAAGAGGAUUGAUUUCCAGUUGCCUUACGACAUCUUAUGGUUGUGGAAACAUGAUCAGCUUUACAAGAGACCAGAUGUCCCUCUUUACAAAAAGAUCAGAUCAAACGUGUAUGUAGAUGUGAAGCCUCUCUACGGGUACGAAAUGACUACAUGCAACUGCAGAGCUCCAGAGACUUCAACUGAAAAAGGAUGCCUGGAUGAUUGCUUGAAUAGGAUGAGCUUUGCAGAGUGCUCCCCCAGUGCCUGUCCUUGCGGCGACCAGUGCGACAACCAGCACAUCCAAAGACACGAGUGGGUCCAGUGUCUGGAGCGUUUCCGCGCCGAGGGAAAAGGUUGGGGAAUCCGCACUAAAGAGCCCCUCCGAGCCGGUCAGUUCAUCAUCGAAUACCUGGGGGAAGUGGUCAGCGAGCAGGAGUUCAGGAACCGAAUGAUGGAGCAAUACCACAACGGCCACUACUGUUUGAACCUUGACAGCGGGAUGGUGAUUGACAGUUUCCAUAUGGGCAAUGAGGCACGCUUCAUAAACCACAGCUGUGAACCCAACUGCGAGAUGCAGAAGUGGUGGCAAGUCUGCAAGUGCGGCUCAGAGAGCUGCCGGGGCAUCAUCGGAGGGAAGAGCCAGCGCAUCAACGGUCUUCCGGGAAAAACUGGAGGYGCUCGGAGGCUGGGCCGACUCAAGGAGAAGAGGAAGUCAAAACACCAACUCAAAAAGAGAGAGGAAGAGUCCAGUGACAGCAACAGGUUUUAUCCUCAUCUCAUGAAGCCCAUGUCUAACAGAGAGAGAAACUUUGUGCUGAAGCACAGCGUGUUUCUCCUGCGAAACUGGGAGAAGAUGAGAGAGAAACAGGAGCUUCAGAAGAGAGAGGGAGAAAGAGAGCGGGACCCCAGCAGCAUCUCGAUGUACGCUCGCUGGGGAGGAGUUAUCCGAGACGAUGGCAACAUCAAGUCAGAUGUGUUCCUGACCCAGUUCUCAGCUCUGCARACGUCGCGGUCGGUUCGGACUCGGAGACUCGCUGCCGCUGAAGAAAACACAGAAGUGACACGCACCGCGCGUCUGGCGCACAUCUUCAAAGAGAUCUGUGACAUGAUCACCAGCUACAAAGACUCAUCGGGACAAAUCCUUGCUGCUCCGCUGGUGAACCUGCCAUCCAGGAAGAGGAACAGCCAGUACUAUGAGAAGGUGUCCGACCCUCUGGACCUGAGCACCAUCGAGAAGCAAAUCCUCACCGGCCAUUAUAAGACGGUGGAAGCGUUCGACACAGACAUGCUCAAAGUGUUUCGCAACGCUGAGAAGUAUUAUGGCAGGAAGUCGUCGGUGGGYCGGGACGUGUGCCGCCUGAGGAAGGCUUACUACAGCGCCCGKAACGAAGCCGCCGUCCAGAUCGACGAGAUCGUGGGCGAGACCGCCAGCGAGGCCGACAGCUCCGACUCGCUGGAGCGCGACCACGUUCACCACCACGGAGGCGGGUCGGGGUCGCACGACAAGGACGACGACGUCAUCCGUUGCAUCUGCGGGAUGUACAAAGAUGAAGGAGUGAUGAUCCAAUGUGAAAAGUGUAUGGUGUGGCAGCAUUGUGACUGCAUGCGUCUGGAGACCGAAGUGGAGCACUACCUGUGUGAGCAGUGUGACCCUCGACCUGUAGACAGGGAGGUUCCCAUGAUCCCCCAGCCCAGCUACGCUCAGGCUGGCUCCAUCUACUACAUAUGUCUCCUUAGAGAUGACCUGCUGUUACACCAAGGUGACUGUGUGUACCUGAUGAGAGACAGCCGRCGCAGUCCUGAAGGCCAGCCUGUCCGGCAGUCUUACCGUCUUCUGUCCCACAUCAACCGGGAGAAACUCGACAUYUUCCGGAUCGAGAAGCUGUGGAAGAACGAAAAGGGCGAGCGCUUUGCUUUUGGUCAUCACUACUUCCGUCCCCAUGAGACGCACCAUUCCCCGUCGCGGCGUUUCUACCAGAACGAGCUGUUCCGCAUGCCGCUGUACGAGAUCAUCCCCCUGGAGGCGGUGGUGGCCACGUGCUGCGUCCUUGAUCUUUACACCUACUGCAAAGGCAGGCCAAAAGGCGUGAAGGAGCACGACGUKUACAUCUGUGAUUAUCGCCUGGACAAAUCGGCCCACCUGUUCUACAAGAUCCAUCGGAACCGCUACCCCGUCUGCACCAAGCCGUACGCCUUCAACCACUUCCCCAAGCGGCUCGCGCCCAAAAGAGACUUCUCGCCUCAUUAUGUUCCUGACAACUAUAAGAGGAACGGAGGCCGGUCUGCCUGGAAAAGCGAACGGUCCAAAGAAGCGGCUGGCUGCGAGGACGACGGCUCCUCCUGCGACCGCGGCGACGACUUCCCCCACGGGGCGGAGGACGGACGGUCGCUGGAGGACGACGUGGACAUGGCGCCGGAGGAACCUGAACACGUUCCGGCCAAACCGAGACAAAAGGAAAGAGCGAGACCAGUAGACGAGGAGGAGGACGAAGAGGAGGAAGGGCUGGAGGCCGGGGUGCGGAAAGAGAUCGGGGAGGGUUCUGAAGACCGGAUAGGGGAGAUGCUCGAACUCCCUUUGUCUUCGGCCUCCUCGCCUCUCCACCACCCGGCGCUGAGCCGGAGGGAGGCUCAAAGGGAACGGCUCAACAAGAUCCUGCUGGACCUGCUGCACAGAGCGCCCAGCAAGAACGCUAUUGAUGUCACCUAUCUCCUCGAGGAAGGAGCAGGACGGCGGUUACGGCGAAGAACUCUCGGAUUUGCAGAUUUUGUCGUCAGAAAGUAACGAUUUUGACGUGCCUGCCGAACGCACGCCGCCUUUCGUUGCAGCGAAAAGACGCCAGGAAGCGAAGAGACGGCAAAGAAGGGAAAUUGAGCAUCGUUGCCUAUCCUACCUUUAUGGAUCACAGAGCAUCCAACGGCGUCGCAUCUUCAGAGUUGACCUCUUCCAAGACAGUGACCUCAGCUCUGAGACGGUGGAAGAGGUGCAGAAGUUCUGACUCGACGGAAGUUCCACCUUAAAGUGGAGAAAACCGGCCCGGUCUUCUUAUUUAAGUAUAUCAUGCAAAACUUUUAUUUUAUUUUAUUUUUUUUAAUGAACAUAGGAAAAAUAACCCAUGCACUUAAAUGCAUCGAACAUUAGAAAUCAUGGGUUGAUGAAUAUUGCUUGCCGGCAUUGGAAAACAAAACGGUUGGUACUGAACAGGGACGGGAGGCGUUUUGUCAUUCAUUUCCUGGCGAGUCCUGAAUUAUUGUUCUUCAUUGUGAGAUCUCGCUGCAAUGAUGAAMAUGUAAAAGAUGAGAGAGGGAACUGGCUUAUAGGAGAAAAUGUAAAGCUGAGCGGUGUGCUCUGAUGCUGCGCUUUAGAAAGAGAGAACAAGGGUGGAGAACUGCACUUUUGGUACCUUGGAUAUUGUGAAGCUCUGUGUAAUGCAUCCGCCAUGAAAAUACACUAACACUCUCACAGUAUUGUCUGCAGCCUGACAAAAGCAAGUUUAAAAACAUCAAAUUUUUUUUUCUUCCUGUUUUUUUUUUUUUUUCUUUCCCUCAAAGUAGCUCGUUUAGAAGCAGAAGAGACCUGUGGCGUGGUUUGGAAUUGAGUUUGCGCUUCUGUCAAAAGUGUCUUGUUAUUAUUUUUAAGUCGGCCGCGAGGCAGUCGGCUUCGCCGCGUCCCCUGUGUUCCUUUUAUUUUUUAAGAAGCAAAACGAUUCACCAGCUUAAAUCGGGCAGCGAUGGGAGAAGGGAGGGCGCCGGCUUUAACUAACGCCUUACACAGCCGCCACAGUCUCCCACUGCCUUGUGUGCAAGUGUGUGUGUGUGUGUGUGUGUGUGUCUGCGUCUGCCAGAUUUUGUGAAAAUAUACCUUUUUAAAAAAAAAACAUGAAAAAAAUUAAGGGCUCGAUGGCAAUUAACAGUUUUAAGAAAACAAUACUUAACAUGAAAUGUAUCGUGACGGUCAUAUUUUCUUAUAUUCUGUGAGACGGGCGGGGCAGUGGAUACUGUAUAUGUGGAGCAAGGAAUGACUUGCAACUUUUUUUUCUUUUUUUUUUUUGUCUUCGGACUGAUUGCCAUGGAGAAUGUUUGUUUAAAAAAAAAAAAAAAAAGACUACGUAUUUGAUGUGAUUUCCUUUUUCCCUGCAAAGUCCCGGUGUGGCAAGCUGAAAAAAUGAUGAGAACAAGGAAGGAGGAAGAGAACAGGAAGCUGUACAGUGCCAAGUUGUGUAAAUAUACACUCUUUCCAUUAAGAAGUGUCUCCAAAAGCAAUAUCUUGAAAAUGGAUUUUGUUUAUUAUUGUACUGUACAGGACUCAGCCCUAAAUGUAUUAUUAUUAUUAUUAUUAUUAUUAUAAUUUCUUCGGUAUGUAUUACUAUAAUGAAGACACUUAAGCUCUGAGGAACAUGUUUUUUUGUAAUGUCCAGAAAUUCUCACCAUAACAGUCCUGAUGACAUGAAAUUUAAGCUGAGUUGUUUGUUUGUUUUUUUUUGUUUUUUUUUUGCCUAUAAAUUAAGUCCACCUGUAAAGUGCAUGAGCAAGAAUGUCAGAAGGCGUUGGGAUGUGACAGUGACUCUGCAACGACACCUUUCGUCACUGAAUUUUGUUAAUAAUAUAACUUUUUUAAGGAGGAAUCUUCUCCUUGUUUUUUUGCUGCAAAGUGUUGAACACUAAAAAAACAAACCAACAUAAAAAUGUUAAGAUAUUUUUAAACGCUGACAGGAAAACAAAAAGUAAAGCUGUCAGAAACGAUAUCAUGCUAUUAUAAAUAUAUAUAAAUAUAUAUAAAUAUAUUUUUUGUUUUUCUUUCAAAUAGGAAAACGGUUCCGUUUUGUGAUAGCGGUCAUUGUAUGAUGCUUGUACUUGUAUUUGUGUGUUUUGUGUGAUCCGUUUAGUUAUUUUUAGACAAUCACAAAAUAAGAUGCAAGCAUUGUAAAUGGCAGACUGACGGACAUUUUGUGAUGUGUACAGUUUGUCAAAACAACAAAAAAAAAAGAGAAAAAACUUCUUCCACUCGUUCAAAGUUUGUAAUUACGAUUCUUAAGUCAUG